GUGCAUAAAUGUAUCGUGGAAUACUAUGGCUACUAAAUUGUAUUAACAGUUGAUUAAAAGCAUCAUAACUUCAUAUUUUUAAAAUAUUACUUUUGACGAGAUUUUAAGCACUUUAAACAAAUCAAAACAAUUUCAGAUUAUGAGCACACAUUAGAUACUAAGUAAACUAUUUGUGCCAUUUUAACAUCUCCACGUAUAGCUGCGCUAAACUGAGUGUUAAAUAUACAACGCAAUUAACUCUCUAUAAACUUGGCGUACAUUUUGACAAGCCCUCUUUCAAUUAACACGCAGAAAUUCAGCAUCCAGGUCAGGUCCAUUUAUUUAACACGGGGUGUGUAUUAGGAAGCGGUGUAGUAUAAUUCAUACUCCACGCAGUAGACAGUCUUAGACAAAUAUGGACAACAUGCAUUAAAUUUACAUUUCUCAAAUUGAUCAUUUCUGAACAUAUUGUCCUGCCAGCAUAAAGUUAUUUUUGUCAAAAAUAGCUGUACACCCUAUGUCAUUUGUACGUAAGGAUUUAAUAACUCAUACGCUGACAGCAGUUCCUGUCACCAAAAAAUCUACCGAAACUCAAUGAUUUGGGAAACUCAAUGAAUUGGGAGUAAACUUAAUUUUAAUUAUUUGUGUUAAAAAUGUGGAAUUCACCCAAUAAAUUGCUAUUUUUUGAUGAGGAAGAUUUUAUUAUGUCAUCUGAUAAAGAUGAUGUUACACAAUUAGAAGAAAGUGGACGGACAGAAAGUGAGAUGCAAAGAACAAGUGUAUCGUCUGCUAUUUUCACCCAAACAACAACGGAUGAGAUCAGUUUUACAACUAUGGAUUAUAAUAUGAUGUAUCAAGGUUACGUAACGUCCAGCUUAUACUCGUCUAUGCGUGCGUUAGAAUCGGCUAAACCAAGGACUGCUUUGCCGGAAUCGUCACGUGUUGUUCUUGGAAGAUCAGCAGGGUAUUCAUUGCCAAACAGUCUGUCCAUGUACAGCCAACGGCACAGAUAUCCAUCUAUUAUGCCAGAGGGAGCACCAAGUCAUCACUCAGGUUCGGUUUAUACGCAAUCACCAUCUACUACCAAUAGCGCAAGAUUGCGGUUCGAGCCAGUUCAAGUGCCGAUACUACAUGUAGCUAGUGCCAUGAUACCUGUUACAAGGUCGCUAGUUGCAACAGAACGCUCCGCGGAACGACCGCUACCAGUUCCUAUAUCCAUACCGUUCAGUUCUCUCAGCCAACAGCUGCAGCAGACCUUUCAAAACCAACCAGAGCAACUUGUCUCUCAGACUGUGUCACAGCAGAUCAACACAGGGAGCCAGUCAGAGCUGAGUGAGCUACAGAGGCUACAGUUUGAAGCAAUAGGUACGAGACCCAGAAGUUCUGCCGUUCCUACGUCAAGACAGCGGCUAGUUUAUGAUGACACUUCGGAAGAGGAUAGCAGUUUUCAGAAUCUGUGUAACCUGAUGGAAAUUCAGGCACAGGUCAGUCUUCGGCACAGCAGAUCUGAUGUGAACCCUGGCUUUAUCUCCAGUAUGCCAUCAAGCCUAGCAACGCCUUGCGUAGGACUUCAGGUUGACAGGUCAAGAAAUUCAGGAAAGCACUGCAACUUUUGUAAAAGGAAUGGCGAGAGGCGAAUGUUCGUCAGCUCGCAUAAUUUACAAGAGUGCGGACGGGUCACGUGUCCGGUUCUGCAACGCUAUAUUUGUCCCCUGUGCGGGGCGACCGGAGAAUCUGCUCAUACGGUGUCCUAUUGUCCCCUAGGAAGCGGAACUUCCUCCGUGGCAGCGACAAGGACUCUGAGAAAGGCUUGUGGGUGUAAGCGAGCUUGUAAACACGGAGAAGAAAAUAGGCACUAAAACUUUGAACUGAACUGUGUUAAAAGUGCAUUGUGUUCAUGAGGCAAAGUUUUAGAUCUGAUGAGUUUAUUUGCAUGAUCUCAGAUUUAUAAACAGUGACGAAGUGUAAAAUAAAGGAAGAUUUUAACUCUUAUCAAUUAAUAUAUUUGUAACUUAUAGUAAAUAUGUAAAAUUUUCUGCCUUCGAUGCUACAGUUCAGUUUUAGAUUGCCUACCUCAUGUAUACAUGUAUAUUCCUAGUUUUAAGUUAAUUAUAUGUAGUCGUUUUAGAUAUUUAGAGAUUUUUGUAUUAAAUAGUUAGAUUUCUCUAUA